UUAUUAAAUUCAUUUUUAAUACCAUUAUUUUUUUUAAAUGGAUGAUUUGAUUAAGAAAGGAAUUUUACCAGAGGGUAAAGAAACUGCAACCAUCGAUGAAAUAAUCCGUGAAGAAAACAUUAUCAACUAUACGAAAACAGUUCAGGCUGGUUCAGAAAAAGGUGAUAAUUUUAUGGGCGAAAUUUAUCUAAUAACUAUUAAAGGUGUUGAUUCUGAAACGAAUAAUCCGCGUAAAUUAAGUCUUAUUUUAAACUGUUCUACACGAGCUGGAGCAUUUCGUGAGUUAGUGCCACAGAAUGCAGUAUUUAAACGUGAAGUUUUCAUGUAUGAUAAAUAUUUACCCGAAUUAUACAAAAUACAAGAAGAAAAUGGUUUGGAGAAUGGUUUCAAACAAGUUGCAAAACUUUAUAAAUUUUGUACGGAUGAUUUAGAUGAAUUUUUAAUAUUUGAAGACAUGAAAGAAAAAGGUUUUACAAUGCUUAGUCGUCUUCAGUAUUUGGAUUUAGAACAUUGUCAUUUUGUGUUAAGGCAGUUGGCUUGUUUGCAUGGUUUGGGAUUUGUUUUCAAACAGCAAAAACCGGAAUUAUUCGAAAAAUUGACUUCCAAUUUAACGAAUGUAUAUAAUGAAUCAUUUAAUAGUGUGAUGUAUAAUGCCUUUAUUGAGCAUAUGAAGGAAAUGGUAAAUAAAGCAGCAGAAUCAUUGGAAAACGAUACAGAAAAUUUAAACAAAUUUAAAUAUUUUCAAUCUAAGUUUAUGGAUAAAAUUGAAUUGUUAAUGAAACCAGAAUUUAUUGAUAAAGAAUAUUCAAUUCUUGUUCAUAAUGAUUGCUGGAAUACUAACAUUUUAUUUAAAUAUGAGGAUGAAAAUAAUUCUACAAAACCAACUGAUAUAUGCUUAUUAGAUUGGCAAACAACUGAAUUACAUUCUCCAGUUAAAGAUUUAUCUUAUUUUAUUUACAAUUGUACCAGCAGUGAAUUACGUAACUCACAUUUUAAUGAAUUAUUAAAUUAUUAUUAUGAACAAUUAACUCAAGUAAUUACAGAUUGUAAUUGUUCAAUAGAUGUCUGUUAUCCACGCACUGUCUUUUAUGAUCAUGUACAACGAUUUUUUGUUUUUGGAACUAUACGUUCACUAAUGGUAAUUCCUAACCUUACUAGUGAUUCUACGGAUAUUUCAGACCUAUAUAAUUUGGAAAAAAAAGGUAAAAGUAAAAAUGAUGCUCUUUAUAACAUGCGUAUGAGCGGAAUUUUAAAUUAUAGAAUUCAUUUUCAUUUAAAAUUAUUUAUAAAAAUGCGUGAUUUAAUUGAAAAAGGAAUUCUACCAGAGGGUAAAGAAGCUGAAACCAUCGAUGAAAUAAUCCGUGAAGAAAACAUUAUCAACUAUACAAAAACAAUUCAGGCUGGUUCACAGAAAGGUGAUAAUUAUUUGGGUGGAAUUUAUCGUAUAAUUAUUAAAGGUGUUGAUUCUGAAACAAAUAAUCCACGUGAAUUAAGUUUAAUUUUAAAAUGUUCUACACGAGCUGGAGCAUUUCGUGAAUUGGUGCCACAUAAUCAAGUAUUUAAACGUGAAGUUUUUAUGUAUGAUAAAUAUUUCCCAGAAUUAUACAAAAUACAAGAAGAAAAUGGUUUGGAGGAUGGUUUCAAAAAAGUUGCGAAACUUUAUAAAUUUUGUACGGAUGAUUUAGAUGAAUUUUUAAUAUUUGAAGACAUGAAAGAAAAAGGUUUUACAAUGCUUAGUCGUCUUCAGUAUUUGGAUUUAGAACAUUGUCAUUUUGUGUUAAGGCAGUUGGCUUGUUUGCACGGUUUGGGAUUUGUUUUCAAACACCAAAAACCGGAAUUAUUCGAAAAAUUGACUUCCAAUAUAACGAAUGUUUUUAAUGAAUUAAUUAAUAGUCCGAUGUAUAAUGGGUUUGUUGAACAUACACUAGGGAUGGCAAAUAAAGCAGCGGAAUCUUUAGAAAAUGAUACAGAAAAUUUAAAGAAAUUUAAGGAAUUUCAGUUGAAAAUGAUGGAUAAAAUUGAAUUUUUAAUGAAACCAGAAUUUGUUGAUAAAGAAUAUUCAAUUCUUGUUCAUAAUGAUUGUUGGAAUAAUAACAUUUUAUUUAAACAUGAGGAUGAAAAUAAUUCUACAAAACCAACUGAUAUAUGCUUAUUAGAUUGGCAAAUAUCUGAAUUACAUUCUCCAGUCAAAGAUUUAUCUUAUUUUAUUUACAAUUGUACCAGCAGUGAAUUACGUAACUCACAUUUUAAUGAUUUAUUAAAUUACUAUUAUGAACAAUUAACUCAAGUAAUUACAGAUUGUAAUUGUUCAAUAGAUGUCUGUUAUCCACGAACUGUCUUUGAUGAUCAUGUAAAGCGAUUUUUUGUACAUGGUACUAUAUUUUCAUUAAUGACAAUUCCUUUAUUUACUAGUGACAGUGACGAUAUUCCAGACCAUUAUAAUAUGGAAAAAAAUGGUGAAGAAUUUGAUUUAAGUGUGUUUAAUUUUAAAAGUAAAAAUGAUGCUCUUUAUAAAAUUCGUAUGAGUGGAAUUUUAAAGCAUGCAAUCGCGAAUAAAUUUAUCUAGAUGGUUCAAAUUUUAGUGUAUUUUGAGAGGAAAUAGUUUUUUUAGGAACUCUAGAGGAAGUAGUCUUAAUUACACCGAAGAAUACGAAUAGUAUAUUUAAUACUCUCAGGUCAAAAAUAGAUGUAAUUUUUGGAAUGACAUACCAACAAAAAAUUUUUAAGCCCUGACAAAAAGAUAGUAAAAUGAUAAAUAUUGAUAAAAUGUUUAUUUUUAUUUGUACAUUAUGCAUUAGUUAUUUAAUAUAAAUAUUCUUAUAAAUAUCAUAUCAUAUCAUAUCUUGAUUAUCUUUAAUCGGUUAAUAUAUUUUCUUCAAAAAUAUUUCAUGAAUCAUUUUGUCGAAAUUUUAAGAUGACAAAACUGAGUUUUUGGAUAAAAUGCGGGCGCUGUAUAUAUUCA